CCUUUUUUGUCGGGGCGUGUUGUUCGCCGUUCGCAGUCAUGGCGGACUACAAAGAGGCUCCUUUGGCUACACGGCCAAAAACAUUAGAUCCAGCCGAAUAUUACAAUCUUUCACCUGAGUACCGGCGGGCUGAGGAGGCUAGACUGGCUCUGCGUUCACGACUGAAGAGGCAGUAUCUGUUGCAGCUAAACAAUCCUCAUCGGCAAGAGCUUAUUGAGGAUCCUGCUCUUACUAGGUGGAUAUAUGCGCGCGGCAAUCACGUCUAUUCCAACUUCAGAGCAACUGGUAGAACAUCAUUGAUGGGUGGCUUGUUUGGAGUUUUACCUCUCUUCGUCUUGUACUUUGUCUUUAAGACAGACAGGGACAAAAGGGAGGCCAAGAUAAAGGCAGGGACCUAUGAGCGCCCCUAUAAGCUGUCAUCCUAAAAGAAUUUUCUGAUUUCACUGCUUAUUAUAAAUAGUACUUGUAAUUGUAUACUAAAUAAAAUACUUUAUUGUUGAAA